UUUCCAUGGCAGAUUAUUACUUUUCUUUUCUAUCUUAAUAUGAUAGACCAAUUUCAGAUCUGAAACCCUAACAAACGAAUCCAUUAAUUUGUCUCACCAACCCAUAGAUACACAAAGUAAACAAAACAAAAUCUCCGAAACCCGAUUUUUGUUGGUGCCAUGCGUCCCUCUAACCAGCUGUCCUUCCAAAUUAACAAUAAUUCUAACCAAGAAAUCAUUAUUCCAGAAGAUACGAUCUUGAUCUUUGAUAACAGUUCAGCUCAUGGCCCGAGUCAAAGAAUAAAAGGCCGACCAAGAAACCCUAGUUUCAGUCACCAAGAACAUGAUCAUGCCACCGAUAGCAAAAAGACUCUGCAUAGAGAGAUUGAAAGACAAAGAAGACGAGAAAUGGCCACUCUUUUCAUUUCACUCAGAGAUCUACUACCUCUUGAAUAUAUCAAGGGAAAACGUGCAGCAGCAGAUCACAUCCAUGUAACGGUAAAAUAUAUAAAAGACCUUGAAAAGAAGAUUAAACAUCUUAGUAUGCACAGAGAUGAGAUCAAAAACCUACCCAAUUUAAGCCAUGGAGGCUCGAGUGAGGACUUGGAUAGCUGUGCCUGUGCACCAACUUAUAUAACAAUAAAGCCUUGCUUGAUCGGGCUUGAGGUUGUGAUAAUCAGCAGCGUCAGUGACCAAAUUUUCUGCUUGUCAAGAGCUCUUGAAUUGCUAAUUGAACAUGGGCUAGAUGUUGUCAGUUGCACUUCUGCUAAAGUAGUUCAAAGGAUCAUACACACCAUUCAAUCAAAGGUCAGAUACAUGAUAGAAAUUGAUGUAUCAGAGCUGCAAAAUAAAUUAAAAGAAGCAAUUCCUUGACCUUCCUAGGGUCAAGAUAUUUUAAAGUCACCGAACUAUUGGCUUUUUGCAUUUCGGUAACCAACGUCUUUUUUUGUUACAUUUUAGUAAUUCAAUUUGUAUUUUUUUUACAUCAAGAGAUUACUCAUUCAUAUCAAGUGAAGUUUUGUUUACAUGGUAAAGGAAACUCAAGGGUAUAUAUAUCGUUUUCUCAAUGGUAUGAUUCUUCAUGUAUUGUUUUUUUCAAUGGUAAAAUGUUUUGUGUCGCUUUUUUCUAUAGUUUUGCCUAUGUGGCGUUGGAAAAGUUGCGCUAGCUAGAAAACAAUUUUAUAAUGCCACGUAAGUAAAACUUCAUAGAAUCAAUAAUCUCUUCCGUUCUAAUGAAAAUAGAAAUUAGGUUACUAAAAUGUAGCAAAUGAAAUGUUGGUUACCAAAUAUGAAAAGCGUAUAGUUCGGUAUCUGCAGAAUAUUUUAACCCACCUUUUUAUACUCAAUAACAUGGGGUGAGUUUUGCUCAAUAUUUAUCAAUACAAAAAUGUUCAGAAAAUGUUUGUGGUAAUAAAAUGAAAAAUGGCAAUCUUCUUGAUGUUUUA